UUUCAGCUGAGUAUGUUUAACAUCGCCAUCGAAAUAUUUUCAUAUCAUAGCAAAUAUUGCCCGCAGCAAACUUAUUCCAAAGUAAAUUAAAAGUUUAUUAGCUCUUAAACGACGAUUGCUAAAUUGUUUUCAAAAUGACGAUUGGUAAAAAUAACAAAAUGAUACAGCACCUGAAUUACAGGGUUCGUAUCGUUCUACAAGAUUCUCGCACAUUUAUCGGGACCUUUAAGGCGUUUGACAAACACAUGAACCUCAUUCUUGGGGAUUGCGAGGAGUUUCGCAAGAUUCGGUCAAAGAAUGCCAAAGUGCCCGAACGUGAGGAAAAGCGUGUUUUAGGCUUCGUUCUGCUGCGUGGAGAAAAUAUUGUUUCGCUAACUGUGGAGGGUCCGCCACCACCAGAAGAAGGCUUGCCAAGAGUACCAAUACCAGGUGCUGCAACUGGCCCUGGCAUGAGCCGCGCAGCAGGAAGAGGUGUACCGGUAAAUAUAUCGUCAGUACCGGCAGGAUUACAAGGACCAGUGCGUGGAAUAGGUGGUCCAGCUCAACAGCACAUGACUCCUAUGGGCAGGAGUGUGCCAAGAGCUCCUAUGAUGGGGGGGCCGCCGCCUUCUAUGAUGCCUGGUAUACCACCAAUGUCUGGAGGGAUGGGGCGUGGAGCUCCACCUCCAAUGAGAGGGCCCCCACCUGGGAUAAUAAGAGGCGCACCUCCACCGCCCGGUAGAGGCGGGUAUUAACAGCCUGCUACACAAAAAGGAAGAAAUAUGUGUAUCAAGUUUUUCUACUUCUUUUAUAAUAGAUCAUAACAUGAAUUUGAAUUCAUUA